GACGGUUCGCGUCUGCGCUUCUGAUUGGCUACAUGCACCCUAUCCGAAGUGAACGGCUAAUUGGCUAGCUGCAUUCUGUUCCAAGUAUGAAGCUUUGAGUAGUUUUUUAUUUUGUUUUCUUUUCAGCGGUUGCUGACGCGGCGCACCGGAUAGAGUUAAGUUUACGACUUUUCUGCAGCGGGAAGUUAGAUGCCGCUUGGGCUGGACUAAAAAAUGCGCCCGAAACACAAAGGGCCUUUCAGAUCUGCUGUGCAUUAAUCAAGGGGACGCAGGAGUGGCUGCGCAAUGUGACAGGAUGCUGAACCAUCACUUCAGAAGGAACCCGGACCUGCAGGAGGAGCUGCAGAUCCAGGCGGCGGUGGCAGCCGGCGAUGUCUACACCGUGCGCAAGAUGCUGGAGCAGGGCUAUUCGCCCAAGAUCAGGGACGCCAACGGCUGGACGCUGCUGCAUUUCUCCGCCGCCAAGGGCAAGGAGCGCUGCGUCCGAGUCUUCCUCGAACACGGCGCCGACCCGACAGUAAAGGACUUCAUUGGCGGUUUCACAGCGCUGCACUAUGCCGCCAUGCACGGACGCGCACGCAUUGCUCGCCUCAUGCUGGAAUCGGAGCACCGCGGUGACAUCAUCAACGCCAAGAGCAACGACGGCUGGACGCCACUGCACGUGGCUGCACAUUACGGACGCGACUCGUUUGUGCGCCUGCUCUUGGAGUUCCAUGCCGAUGUAGACCCCCUGAGUGACAAGGGCACUACUCCGCUGCAGCUGGCUAUCAUUCGAGAGCGCUCGAGCUGCGUGCGGCUGCUGCUCGACCACCACGCUAACAUUGAUGUGCAGAACGGCUUCCUGCUGCGAUACGCCGUCAUCAAGGGCAACCACGCAUACUGCCGCAUGUUCCUACAGCGUGGGGCAGACACCAACCUCGGACGCGUGGAGGACGGUCAGACACCGCUUCACCUCUCGGCUCUGCGUGACGACGUGCUCUGUGCACAACUUCUCUACGCCUAUGGAGCUGACACAAACACACGCAAUUAUGAGGGUCAGACGCCUGCCGCCGUAUCAGCCAGCAUGUCCCGUGCCAGCCGGCCCUGCCUGGACUUCCUGCAGGAGGUUACACGCCAACCCAGGACAUUGCAGGACCUGUGUCGGAUAAAGAUUCGUCAGUGCAUAGGCCUUCAAAGCUUAAAGUUCCUGGAGGACUUGCCUAUUGCCAAGGUGAUGAAAGACUACUUAAAACACAAGUUUGACAAUGUCUGACAGAGGCCAGACAACUCCAGGCAUCAGCACAGGAACAGAUUCUCUAGCACAGACUAUGCAACCUCUCAUUUUCUUUCUGUACUCAUCCCCAAACAGAGGAUUGUUUUCUCCAAACAUGCGUGAUGUAUUUUCUGUCAUUUAACCUGGAAAUAUAGCCAAGCUACUCGUCACGGACACUGAGCCCUCAACUCGCGUUCAUCGUUCGAUUAUUGACCCGUGAAAGGAAAAAUUUAAUUCUACAUAUUUUAUCAAACGCAUUUGUAACCCUAAGUACUGGGAUAGGAUCAAAAGCUGACAUGAUGAUGAUCUUAUAUCACCUUUAUAGCUAUCGUGGCUUUUGAUAUGUUGUUAAAUAUAAUUAAAUUAUUUGAAUAUGGAAAUUGAUUCUUUUUUUUCUUUUUCUUUUUUAAUUAUUCAAACUGAGAGUUUGUAGUUUCUCAAAACAAUUUCAAGAUACUAAUUUUACCUAUACACAUUUCAUAUUCACAAAGCAGUAAUGGUAUAACUACUUUAUAUCUUAUCAUUAUAAACGGGCGUACCGAUAAACCAUCACACCCCUAGUUUCAAGCGUACGAUAGAACGAUAGAUAGAAAUAAGAAACCCUCCUUUUCUUUUUUCUUUUCUUUUCUUUUUUACUAAUUUACUGACUUUUUGUUGAAAGAUAUCUGGACUUUCAUCCUUUCAAGUUAAUCGUGCACCUUCUUCCAAUCGACUAUUAACAAUUUUUUUUGAAGGUGUACAGAGUUAAUAGUCACAUUAAAUGCAGAAUUGUGAAUCAAGCAUUAAAACUGUGAUUUAAACUUCACUCCCCUGACCCCCCCCAACCCCCCAAACUUGAAGUCUUGGAACUCAUUAACAAGGACUACACUAUGUAUAUACUUGUGUCAUAUGUACAGCAGAUAUUUUUCUAGAAUUAUUUAAGCUAUGAACUCUUGUAUCAUAAAGUGUUAAGGAUUUUUUUUUUUUUUUGAAUGGUUGUGUGGCUUUUUAUUUUUUAAGUCUUAAUUUUUUUUUUUUUUUUUUGGUUUGUUUUUCAUUUUUAGAAUUGAGAUGCAUCGACAAACUAAUUGGGAGCAAUUAGUGAAUUUGGGGAAAAUAUAAUUUUUCCCACUGUCAGAAUUAUCUAUGUUUUUUUUUUUGUUUGUUUGUUUGUUUUUUUGAGGGGAAGUCGGAAGGAAAAAAAAAAAAAAUUCUGUGCUCAUUGUUAAGGCCCACAGCAUCUAGUCGUGCCUUCACUUGGGUGGAAUCUCGGGUUGCUCAGCAGCAGGUGUGUUUGUUUUCCUGGUGUGUCACUUGUUAUUGAAUUAAAUUGACUAGUUUUCGUAAAAUGCACCAAUAUAAUCGAGUAAUUAUUUUGUUCACUUCCUCCAGAUUGCCCUGUAUUGAAUAGGCACAUGCCUAUAAUUGGUUAUACAAUAUUUUGGCAAUGUUAAUGUUGUGUGCAGAUCCGAAAUAUUGUUCUUUACACAAGGAAGUCUAUCCAUCCGUUCCCUGAAGCCAGUCCCUGAACAGUCUUCUUAUUGAUGACGCAUUGAAGGUGAUACUGUUGUAAAUCAGGAUUAAGUGAAUUGUAUAUGGCUGAAUGAUGUGGGUGUUUUGUUUUUUGUUUUUGUUUUUAAUUCAGCCUUGUACUAAUAAAAUGGUGGUUUAUUUGUUGGAAUAGAGGUUAUUGUAUUCUUUCACUGUUACAGGCCUGAACUGGAAUUUCGUCACUUAAGCACAGGUGAGCUGUUCAUCUGAAUCUGAAUACAGGAAUAAAAAAUACUUUCCAUUGGACUUCUGUAUAUUCAGGUUUCUACAGUUUCAGUCAAUUCUGAUUUUAUUUUUUACAAUUCAGCAGUGUUUUCUCUGAAAGUUUGUUUACAGUUGUACGUACGUGUGUGUGCGUGUGUGUGUGUGUGUGUUUGGCUUUGAAGCACUGAUGAGUUUGCUGAAAGCACUUAUUCCUGAUUCGAUUGGUUUCGACGUCUUCCACGCCACACGUUCACCACAACUACUGAAUGUACAGAAACUGCUGUUUCCUAUAGCCCGGGAUGAACCGUGUGAAUAAAUGAUUAAUACAGCAUUCUUGUUUUCAUUUCUAAGCAUUAGAAUGUGUGUUCUGGUUGUUUCAUUUGCAUUUUUGACUGCUGAAUUUUUAAUAAAAAU